GGCCUCGGUGGUGCUCCUGAUGCCCCUCACCCACCGCUGAAGAUCCCAGGUGGGCGAGGGGACAGCCAGAGGGAUCACGGUCUUUCAGCUCCUCUCGUGUACUCGGCUUCCACAAGGGCCGCGAGGACAGAGCCGCGCUGCUCCGGACCUUCAGCUUUCUGGGCUUUGAGAUUGUGAGACCCGGGCAUCCCCUUGUCCCCAAGAGACCCGACGCUUGCUUCAUGGCCUACACGCUGGAGAGAGAGUCCGCGGGUGAGGAGGAGGAGUAGUGGCGCUGCGGGGCGCCCGCGGGCUCGGCUCGGGUGCCCGCAUGUUGUACUUGUGCAAAUAAACGCUCGCUCGGAACUCGAGGCAGAUUCCUUGGAGUUUAAUACUGUGUCUGUGAUACUGAAGUGCUCGCUUGAGUUCUAAAUAAAGGUUUAUAUUUUACUUUUUCA